UGUCAAGGGGGGUGUAGAAAGCCAUUUUGUUAUGUUUGCUAUGUGGCUAGCGCCACAUCUCCAGCGGUAGCAUAAUGAUGGAUCAUUUCAGAUUGAAUAUAGCUUUUAAUUUGUUUCACACAUGGAAGUCUGAAAUAUAUAACAUUUAAUAUUUGCCUAAUUUUAAUACGGGCCAGGGAGGGACGCAGCGGAUAUACUAAAUUGUUUGAUUCGCUAACUAAACUAGGCUAGCGCGUUAGCCUGUUAGCUUAUUUCAACGAAAUCUAAUUUUCGGUUCGGUUCAUCCAAAAGUUUCCCUGAGUUUUAUGGCUUUGGUCUAAGUAUCUACUUUUGCUCAAGUGAGGGAUCGGACUAAGUGGUGCAUCGUAAAUGAUUUAAGAAACAGGGUCAGAGUUGUAUAAUCCAACUUUAAGCUCGUUUGAGAGGACGAGUAGAAGUGCCGCUGACAGGCUAACGUUAGCUAACAACUCUUCACAACAACGGCCCUCUGCAUUAAUCUAAUAAUGGCAGAAGACAUACGACAGGACAAGAAAGCAAACUUCUCUGCUCUGACGGAGCACAACAACAACGGAGUGACGAAGAUUUCUGGCCUGGCCUCCAACAAAACUGGCGCCUCCAAGAAAUUAGUUAUUAAAAAUUUCAAAGACAGGCCAAAGCUAGCGGACAACUACACUGAGGACACAUGGCUGAAGCUGAGGGAUGCGGUAGGAGCCAUCCAGAAUAGCACCUCCAUCAAGUACAACCUAGAGGAACUCUACCAGGCGGUGGAGAACCUGUGUUCGUAUAAAGUCUCCCCUACACUCUACAAGCAGCUCCGUCAGGUCUGUGAGGACCAUGUCCAGGCCCAGAUACAUCAGUUCAGAGAAGAGUCCCUGGACAGCCUGUCUUUCCUGAAGAGGAUGAACCGAUGCUGGCAGGACCACUGCAGACAGACGAUCAUGAUCCGGAGUAUCUUUCUGUUCCUGGAUCGUACCUACGUGCUCCAGAACUCCCUGCUCCCCUCCAUCUGGGAUACCGGGCUGGAACUCUUCCGGAACCACAUCGUGAGCGACGGGGCUGUCCAGAAGCGCACGGUGGAUGGGAUCCUGGAACAGAUCGAACAUGAACGCAACGGGGAGACCGUGGACCGCAGCCUUCUCCGCAGCCUACUGGGCAUGCUCUCAGAUCUGCAGGUGUAUAAAGAGUCGUUUGAGGAGCGUUUUUUGAUGGAGACUAACAGACUGUACGCUGCAGAGGGACAGAGGCUGAUGCAGGAACGAGAUGUGCCGGAGUACCUGCAUCACGUGGCUCGUCGGUUGGAAGAAGAGAACGAUCGUGUCAUCAGCUACCUCGACCAGAGCACUCAGAAGCCACUUAUCUCUAAUGUAGAGAAGCAGCUGCUUGGAGAACACAUGACGGCCAUCUUACAGAAAGGUCUCAGUAUUCUGUUAGAUGGUAACCGGGUGAUGGAGCUGGCUCUGCUCUACCAGCUCUUCAGUAAGGUGAAGGGAGGACUCCCCACUCUGCUGCAGCACUGGAGAGACUACAUCAAGAGUUUUGGUGGUGAGAUUGUGGGCACCCCAGAGAAGGAUAAGGACAUGGUUCAAGACCUGUUGGACUUUAAGGAUAAGAUGGACAACGUGGCUCAGGGCUGUUUCAACAGAAACGAGAGCUUCAUCAACGCUAUGAAGGAGGCCUUUGAAGCUUUCAUCAACAACAGACCCAACAAACCUGCUGAACUCAUCGCGAAGUACGUGGACUGUAAAUUGCGGGCGGGCAACAAGGAAGCUACCGAGGAGGAGAUGGAGAGGAUUCUAGACAAGAUCAUGAUCAUCUUCCGCUUCAUCCAUGGGAAGGAUGUGUUCGAAGCCUUUUAUAAGAAGGACCUUGCCAAACGCCUGCUGGUUGGGAAGAGUGCCUCCGUGGACGCUGAGAAGUCCAUGCUGUCCAAACUCAAACACGAGUGUGGAGCGGCCUUCACCAGUAAGCUGGAGGGGAUGUUUAAGGACAUGGAGCUCUCCAAAGACGUCAUGAUCCAGUACAAACAGUACACCCAGAACCAGAGUGAGCCCAGCCAGCUGGAGCUAACAGUCAACAUCCUCACCAUGGGCUACUGGCCCUCCUACACUCCUAUGGAGGUCCACCUGCCCCCUGAGAUGGUGAAGCUCCAGGAGGUAUUCAAGCUGUUCUAUCUGGGGAAACACAGUGGCAGGAAGCUCCAGUGGCAGCCCACCCUGGGCCACGCUGUUCUGAAGACUGAGUUUAAAGAGGGUAAGAAGGAGCUGCAGGUCUCUCUGUUCCAGACGUUGGUGCUACUGAUGUUCAACGAGGGGGAGGAGUUUAGCGUGGAGGAGAUCAAAUCAGCCACUGGCAUAGAGGAGGGUGAGUUGAGGCGUACCCUGCAGUCUCUGGCCUGUGGGAAGGCGCGCGUCCUCAAUAAAAGUCCCCGGGGGAAGGACAUAGAAGACGGAGACCGCUUCAACUUCAACAACGACUUCAGACACAAACUGUUCCGCAUCAAGAUCAACCAGAUUCAGAUGAAGGAAACGGUGGAGGAGCAGGUGAGCACCACUGAGCGUGUGUUUCAGGACAGACAGUACCAGAUCGACGCGGCCGUUGUACGCAUCAUGAAGAUGAGGAAAACUCUGGGCCACAACCUGUUGGUGUCAGAACUAUACAACCAGCUCAAGUUCCCCGUCAAGCCUGGAGACCUGAAGAAGCGGAUUGAGUCGCUGAUCGACAGAGACUACAUGGAGAGAGACAAGGAGAGUCCCAACCAGUACCACUAUGUGGCCUGAGGGGGGCGCCACCUCCAUCCUCACCACCCCUCCGGUGCCCUGCCAGUGGGCUCAGCUAGUCAGCAUCAGCUGGCCCUGAUAUAGCCCCACCCCUCACCGCCCUUCUCCCCUGCUUCUGGGGCCCCAGCUCUGAGAGGGCCAGUCUGGAGGCCAGAGACCAACCUGGUCCAACACCAGCCCAGCCCACACCACCCUCGGGGCAGGGCAGGCUGGGUCCUGGGGCUGGAGGAGUCUGUCUGGUGGGUGGAAGGCCGGCCGGCACAAAUCACCGCUGACGAUGCUAACAACAAGAACAAUGUAGCACUUUCUCAAAUGUGUUGUUUUGGAUGGGGGGGUGGGGGGGGGCUGUGAUCAUCCACAUGUCUUUAUCAGUCUCAGUUCCACUGUAGUUUAGCUCCUGUUGAUGAUCUUGUUUCUGUGAGGUAACUUAACGUACCGGCCUGGGGUAACACUGUGGCAGUGUUGUCAGACGGGGCAGGAACAGUUUGGGGGGGGGUCACAUGGAUACCGAUACAAGGAGUGACAAGGGGAGGGAUGAUUUUGGGUCGGGAGACACUCUCCUGUGUUUUGACCAACACUUUCCACGCUCUGAAUUUUGUAGACCAGAUUGUAUUCUUUGUAAGAGAGAGAAAGGAAACAUGAAUAAAUUGAUAUUUAAUGGAGAGUUAA